CUGAGAGUGGAGCGGAGCGGAGGGCAGAGCAGCUACCCAGGUGAUUGAUCAGAGUGCGUCGUCCUUGUGAUUCAGCUUGUGUCUCGGCCAGUGGGACUAGAUUGAAUACCACCCUGUUAGUGGGACGAUGAGGCACCUAGGAGACAACUCCAGUGGGCUUGAUGUGAACGGCACCUCCUGUGAGGUCCAUGACAGCAUCCUCUCUCCUGCCUUACCAAUUCUCUACUCAAUAAUCUGCUUCUUCGGCCUGGUCAGCAACAUCAUGACCAUAUUUGUGUUCUUCCUGAGGAAACACUCUGACUCGUCCAUGGCUGUGUACAUGAACCACCUGGCCAUGGCUGACUUCCUGCUGGUGAUGUGUCUUCCCCUGCGGGUCUACUACCACAACAGUCCGGGCCCCUUUUACCUCUGCAAGGUACUGGGCGUCUUCUUCUACGUCAACAUGUAUGCCAGCAUCCUUUUCCUCAGCCUGAUCAGUCUGGAUCGCUACCUGAAGAUCAUCAAGCCUGUGUGGGUCCUGAGAAUCCACAAGGUGCGGUGGAGCCACCGGGCGUCCUUCUCCGUGUGGGCAGGACUUGUCCUGGCCAUGUCUCUUUUUUCCCUAAGGAAAGCCAAGGAGCGCCCCUGUGAUAGGAUCUGCUUCCACUUCCACCACAAAGGACUCCUGGGGGGCAUGGCCAACCUCACCGUGGUGGCCUUCUUUUAUGCUAUCUUCCUCCUCUUUAUCUGCUUCUAUGCUCGGAUAACCACCAAGCUGAGAAACAUGUCUUUAGGCAACCGGGACCCCAAGGCCCAGCAGAGGAAGAGCAGGGUGAUCCUGAAGACCUUUGUGGUGCCGGUAAUCUUCACACUCUGCUUCCUGCCAUACCACCUGGUGAGAGUGCCCUACGUGCUGGCCCAAAUGGAUGUGAUCCAGGCCCUGGGCAGUAAGCAGAUUCUUCACAUCCUCAACGAGCUCACUCUGCUCCUGUCUGCCCUCAACAGCUGUCUGGACCCCAUCAUCUACUACUUAAUGUCCUGUACCUACAGGAGGACCAUCCUCUUUGCCCUGCAGGGGCAGUUCAAGACCAUGUACGCUGUUAACCGCAGACGCAUCAGUAUUAACCGAUCUAUUACAGAGAUAUAGAGCUACAGUAUCUAAGGCAGGGAGUUUUAACAUUUUGCACAAAUUAAUUUGGAUAAUGGACAAGUUGGAUUAACUGAAAAAGAUAAUGUAUAAUAGGCGUUAAUACUCUUAAUACUAUUGACUAUAAAAUAAGAAUAGAAGGAUAUUAUUGAAUGUACAUUAUGAAAUAUAUAUAUAUAUAUAUAAAUAUGAACUCUUGUUAUCAAGUUCUUACUGGACUUUGUAUAAUUUUUGGUCCAGUAAGAAUGUUUUUUUUUUAAAUGAGAAUUUGUGCAAUCUUUUUUGUUUGAGUAUGUUACUCACACUUAUGGAGGGUGACCUUAUGUUCGCAUGGUUAAAAGGGCAAUAUACAACAUGACCUUUUAAAUGUCUUACGCACAAGGAUUCCCCAAGAUGAGUAUGCUGUUUCAUUUCAUGUAAAUGACCUACAUACUCACCCUAUGAUUUUCCGACCCGAUGCUGUCGGAAAAUGUAUUCAUUAAAUGAAGUACACUGACAAAGGCUUGUGUCAGUCUUGUGCGCUUUUUAAAAUAAUGUUUUUUUCUGACAUGGGAUCAGUACAUUUAUAUUUUCACACGAUAGAGAGCCGUGAAGGUAUUUGUCUUUUACAAUUGCAUUAGUCACGUUCACCAACGUUGCUUUCAUUUGAAGAGUUUCUUUCCAAAACUCUAUAUCCAACAAUUUCUCACGUUUGUGUUUUUUCAUCAGAAGGAUUGCUUAGGUGUACCUUCAUGUCUGUUUGAAAUAUUAUCGUUCUCAGAUUUUUUUUGUAUGUAUGAAAACGUUUUUUUUUCUCUCCCAAAACGCUAUAAAUCCAUUGUUUAGCUGUAAUGGAAUGUUUGUAUCAUGUAUAUUUGAUUGUGAUAUGUGGUUGUCUCAUCUAGCUAUCUUAAGAUGAAUGCAUUCACUGUAAGUCGCUCUGGAUAAGAGC